CCACGUCAGUUAAUGCUAUAAUUACUUUUAUCAUCAUCUGACAUGUCUAUCACUUCUGAAGAUGAAAGAUUGCCAUGUCAUAGACAUACAAAAUGAUUUAUAAUCAAAAUGGAAAGUACCAUCACCAUCAUGCAUCUAGACAUGCAAUUAAUUAAGGACAAGCCAAAACUUGCAUUCUAAUGAAUAAUGGGCUUGUGUUUAGCCUAUCUCUAUAGUGAUGAAACAAAGAAACUGUCGGAAAACAAGGUGUGUUUGCCAUUGUAAGUGAUUGUUCCCAGACUUUGUUCAAGACAGGAAAAACACAAGACCCACCACUGAGGGUAACCCUGAGUAAAACUUUAACAUUAAUAUUGGCAUUUGGGUUAGUAUCACAUUUAAAUCAGUCAAGGCCAUUUCUGCCAUGUAAGACAAAAAAAUGCUUUGGUGAAUCAUAAUUCUGACAUAAAAAGUCAAAAUUAUGACAUAAAAAGUGGAAACUAUUAGAUAAAAUGUCAUAAUUGAUAAAACUCUAGUUUCUUUUCCAUUAAAAUACCUUAUCAUGCAUAUUUGCAGUCUUCCAGUAAAUCAACAGGUUACACGAAACCCUGAAUAUUUCACUCAAGAAGACGUGAAAAGGGAUGUUUAGUCAGCAACAGAAUUUCCUCCUGUUCAUGUGUCCCAGUAAACAUGUCUCGAGUAGAUUUAUUUAAUUCAGCAUCUACAGCAGGGUUUGCUUUCCGCUAUCCUGUUAUGUAACUCAGACCUUAUAAAGUGAAAAAUAAAUAGGCUAUUCUAUUAAAAUACACAUUUAGGCACAACAUCCCUUUAAUUUUCCAUGAGCAGAACUCUUCUGGGGCGAACGGUUCAUCAAACAGGAAUGCCUUGUUGCUCCAUCCCUGAGGCACAACAUGCAGAUGGACUCAACAAAAACAACAACAACAACUGUGCUUUAGAGGGGGAUGGGACGUUAUUACCUGAAGCUGCAGGGCAAGACUAACCGCUCAGCCCUAAACUUGCUCCAUUAUAGCUCUAAAUACAAGAAGGCUCUGCGGUGUUACAGUUGGAGUGAUUUUAAAUGGAUUAGUGUUUAUCAAGUCUGAUAGUUUAGGCUGAAGUUCAGGGUGAGGAUUCAGGAAAUUGAGGACGACAGGGCUGCCCUUGCUAAAUAUACAACAUUCAUUCAGCAAUAGUGUCCUUGUUCGAACAGUACUACCAAACACAUUUGCCUGAAGCUCGUUUGCUAUCAUGGAGAGAAAAAAAGUUGGAUGUCUCACUCCAUCUAGUGGUUCCUCUAUGCAACGACAUUCAUUUAGGAUACAAAGAUAUAAAAUUACGCUGGACAACUGCAUACCAGAGAAAGCACUUUCUGAGUGAAUAUGGAGAAUGGAGAGACAGAGAAAGGCUGUUGGAUUCGCAUUCACAAUCUCUCCACCAAUUUCCCUUGUGAAUGCCUGAGGUGAACACCUGAGCUUUACAGAUCACCUAAACGUGUCCAGCUGUGUUCAUGGCCAGUUCAACUUGGGUCUUUCAUAACGACAAGGGGCUCAGCAGGCAUGGAGCCUCUCAGCCUGCAGGUGCUGGUGGUUGUAACAGGGAGCUUCCUGGGCUUCCAGUGGCUGUUCCACAGAGGUAGCCCAUGGGUGUCUCAGCAACUCUGCAAAGGCUUCUUUAGGCUCAGCCCUACACACAGGACGGAGUGGAACUCCAGGGCCGUCUCAACAGUGCACGCCUUGGUUGUGGGACUUUUCUGUCUCUACAUAUAUAUCUUUGAUGAAUCCAUCCAGAAAGACCCAGUCUGGGGAGACGCCACACUGGUGAAACUAAACGUGGCCAUUACCUCAGGUUACCUCAUCUCAGAUCUCCUGCUCAUGUUUACUUCAUGGGAGUCAAUUGGAGAGAAAUACUUUGUCAUACAUCAUUUUGCUGCUCUCUACGCAUACUACUAUGUGCUGGUAAGUUGGUCUGGUCUGGUGUCUAUUACUUCCUCAAGAUUUCCAAGGUCAUUUUGUGCUUGUUUCCUUCUUCUGCAGAGUCAAGGGAUAUUGCCUUACUUUGCUAAUUUCCGUCUGCUCUCAGAAUUCUCCACCCCCUUUGUCAACCAGCGUUGGUUUUUUCACAUGUUGGGCUACCACAAACUUUCCAAACCGAGUUUGGUUAAUGGUGUCGCCAUGGCAUUUACAUUCUUCUUGGUGAGGAUCGCAGUCAUUCCGGGCUACUACAGCCAUAUGUACUCGGUCUUCGGCACGGAUGACUUCUACAAAUUACCUCUGGGAGGCCGCAGUGCCUGGGUUAUUUCCAGCGUGUCUUUAGAUAUUAUGAACAUCAUGUGGAUGCGCAGAAUUAUCCGUGGAUGUCUCAAAGUCCUUCACUCAGCCUGGUUGAGAAAAGCAGGAACUGAGAUGGAAACUAGAAAGACAGACUGACAUGGAGAUACAAAUACAAAUUGAACACAUCAGCACACAAACUGUCCAUCUUGGAUCAUGUCCAACCGGAGUGCAAAUGUCAUAUAUGUUUGUAUUACUCCUGCUGCUGUAAUGCCGUGGCUUCAGUUUUGAGUUUUAAACUGACAAAUCAAGAGCUUAGAAAGUCAGUCAAUGUAUUAGUGACUUAAUUGAUGUCAUCUUCAAAUAUGGGCUCAACUGGAGGAAUUAAUUCACAAAUGCUCUUUUAGUUUAAAAAGAAAAAUCAGGUGAUUAAGAGGCAUGGGACUGAUCACAUGUACAAUCAGGACAGUUGUGGUUGCACUAUUUAUUAUAAAGCUGCUAUUAAGAUCAACCAACUUGCCUUUAUGAAUGCAAUCAACAAAGAAACAGCACAUCUGAACUUCCACGAAGAUACACAGUGUAUGCCUGUAGACCACAAUAAACAACUUUUUGACUACAGGAUGGAUAGGGUUGGGUAUACAGAGAAAUAUAAUGGCCAUUAUAAAUGUAGUGGAAAUGGGUUAAAUGAAUAGGUGAAAGUUCCUGCUAUUGCAGCUCAGCAGUGCAGGAUAUUGUACUCAAGAAACCAUGCAUGUCUGCAUAUAAUUAAUAUAAUUAUUGCAUAUAUGGAGAAUACUGUGUAUGGAGAGUAUUAUAUGUCUGGAAUGGAAAACAUAUCAGGUGACACAAUGUUAUAUAAUAUAUGUUUCUGAAAAUCUAUAACUUGAUGCAGCCAUGUAUAAGCUUUUUGCUUGUAGUAUGUGGUUUGUGGGUUGGAUUUGGAAUAAUGACAAUUAUAAAAUGUAAUGUAAGCUUCAAUAAGAUAAGGCUUUUGAGGUUACUUCACUGUUAUGUAGGCCUAUGCAGUUAAAAAAACACAGUAUGAUUCUUAAAAAAGGUGUAUGAGCUAUUCCAACUGGAAUGAAUACCGUGAUGUCAAGUGACUGGACGUGUGUUUCUGUGGUGUGAUAAUGUUUUAAUUUAAAUAAACUUCUCUGUUUUACACUUUA